CAACCUCACCAAGAAAAGCAAAGCUUUCCCUGCAUGGUUGAUGCCUUGAUGACAGCACUUGCCCUCACUCUCUUCCUCUUCUUUAAAAUCUUGUAAGCAUCCUCGCAAUGUCUUCUUCCUUCCUUCCGAUCGUGACCCCAUUUUCCCUUCUCCCAUCGACGACGACGUGGGCUGCCGGGUUUUUCCAUACACAAGUCACACCAUGGGAGAGCCAAGGCAUCACUGCAAGCUAUGUCUCCUCGUGGCAUUGGCGCUGUGGCUGCACGCACCGACGGGCGCGACGACGACGUUCACCAUAGCGAACUACUGCGCCUACACGAUAUGGCCGGGCACGCUGGCCGGUUCCGGCACGCCGCAGCUGUCCACGACGGGGUUCGAGCUCGGGCCGGGGCAGGCGGUGCGGCUGGCGGCGCCGGCGGGGUGGUCGGGGCGGAUUUGGGCGCGGACCGGGUGCGUGUUCGACGCGGCCGGCGCCGGCGUCUGCCAGACGGGCGAGUGCGGCGGGCGCGUGGAGUGCCGCGGCGCCGGCGCCACGCCGCCGGCCACGCUCUUCGAGGUCACGCUGGGGAAGGGCGGCGGCGAGGACUUCUACGACGUGAGCCUCGUCGACGGGUACAACCUCCCCGUCGUCGCCAUCCCGCGCGCGCUAAGCGGGCCCGGCGCGUGCAACGCCACCGGCUGCUUGGCCGACCUCAACCGAUCGUGCCCGACGGAGCUGCAGGUAGUCUACGGCGGCGGCGCGAUCGCGUGCCGGAGUGCGUGCGAGGCGUUCGGGCAGGACAGGUACUGCUGCAGCGGCGCCUACGGCACCCCGGCGGCGUGCCGGCCGACGUCGUACUCGUCCGUCUUCAAGAUGGCGUGCCCGCGCGCCUACAGCUACGCCUACGACGACAGCACCAGCACCUUCACCUGCAGCGCCGACGACUACACCGUCGCCUUCUGCCUCCCCACCUCCGGGAUAAAGGAGUCGGACGCCGUGUUCCUGGGCGCGCAGAUCGUCGGCGGCCGCGGCACCGGUGCUGCCGAAGCCAACGAUAUCGCGCCGCCGGCGUACGGCAACGGUGGCGCGGGCGCUUAUGCACCGCCGACCUACGACAGCCGCAGCGGUGGUGGAGCCGGAGGUCCUUACCUGCCGCCAGUUUACAACUACGGGCCUGGCGGCGACCGCAUACCGCCGGCGAUGAGGAUCUCGUCGGCUUUCACGACGACGGCGGCGACGUACAUCCGGCCGUGGCUUCCGCUGCUGCUGCUGCUCCUCUGCUUUGACUGACCGUGUUGGUGUUCCGUUGCCCGCUGCGCAGGAGCUGGCGACAGUUUAAGCUCACUCUGAGUUUAACGGCAUCUCCAACCGUUGGCCCCCUCCCGGAGGCAUAAAAAUCGCUUCCUGGAGGCGAGCCGGCAAUACACUCGGCGCUGGGGCGGUUUUGCGCCCAGUCAUCGCCCCCAACACGCCCUCAGGCGUCGAAAUUGAUUCACUUUGCAGCUUAAUUUCGGCGAAUAAAGGGCCCAUAUGGACGAGAAUAGGUCCAUAUUCGGCGUGGUUUCGCCAUGUCUAGGCGUUCAAUUAUCAACACAAUUAUUUCUUAUCACAUAUUUCGUCACAGAAAAAUCAAAUACUUCAA